UCACUCAACCAAAGCUCACACAAAGCCUAGAGAGCUACACAAAAGAUAUAGUGAGAGCACAGAGCCUUAGAGAGAAAGGAAAUGGAGGGGAAGGAUGAAGAUGUGAGGUUGGGAGCAAACAGGUACAGAGAGAGGCAACCUAUCGGAACAGCUGCUCAGAGCCAGGACACCAAGGACUACCAGGAGCCACCGGCGGCACCCCUCUUUGAGCCAGGGGAGUUAACAUCAUGGUCCUUUUACAGGGCCGGCAUAGCCGAGUUUGUCGCCACUUUCUUGUUUCUUUACAUCACCGUUUUAACGGUGAUGGGUGUUGUCAAGUCUCCUAGCAAGUGUUCUACUGUGGGUAUUCAAGGCAUUGCUUGGGCUUUCGGCGGCAUGAUCUUUGCUCUUGUCUAUUGCACCGCUGGGAUUUCAGGGGGUCAUAUCAACCCUGCGGUGACUUUUGGGCUGUUCUUGGCAAGGAAGGUGUCGCUGACGAGGGCGGUGUUCUACAUGUUAAUGCAGUGUUUGGGAGCCAUCUGCGGUGCUGGUGUAGUAAAAAGCUUCCAGAAAGGCCAGUACGAGAGGCUUGGUGGUGGUGCCAAUACCAUCAGCUCCGGAUAUUCCAAGGGUGAUGGCCUUGGCGCCGAGAUUGUUGGCACCUUCGUGCUUGUCUACACUGUUUUCUCUGCCACCGACGCCAAGCGAAAUGCCCGAGAUUCCCACGUUCCUAUCUUGGCUCCACUGCCAAUUGGGUUUGCUGUGUUUCUGGUUCACUUGGCCACCAUCCCCAUCACUGGGACAGGCAUCAACCCUGCUAGGAGUCUUGGGGCAGCCCUCAUUUACAACAAGGACCAAGCUUGGGAUGACCAUUGGAUAUUUUGGGUAGGACCUUUCAUUGGGGCAGCACUGGCUGCUUUGUACCAUCAGACAGUGAUCAGGGCCAUUCCAUUCAAGUCUAAAUGAUCACAUCAUUGAAGCAAUGACCUGCAAAAUGGUUGAUUGGUAUCUAUGUUAUCUUACCCGUGGGUAAAUCUCCCCCUCUAUCCUUCUGUUUUUACCAGGGUAUUUUUUUAUGUAUGUAAGCGGGCAAGCAAACAAGGUGUAUUGAGUUUGCUUGUUCUGUAAGUAAUGAAGAUUAAGAAUGGCAGAUAUGUAUAAUUACAGCAUUCCAAUUAAAAAUAAUAUCAUCAUUACUCAAA